CAGUGUAUAAAAGGGGGCGGCGUUGGAGUCGCCGCAGUUCGGGAGUUUCACGUACUGUACAACUCGCGUCAAGUCUACUGCCCCAGUCCCGUCCGGACGGCGAUUCAAGUUCAAGUUUCUCUGAGCCUGAAGCUGCUCAAAUUCCAGACAUGCGUCUUUUGCCUUUCGCUGCGUGUGUCGCGCUGGUCUGUGCAAGUGCGGACGCCUGGUUCAUUAGCCGGUCUCGGGAACGCAGUCAGUCGAGUGUGAAAGAAGCCGUGCGGACGGCUGUGGACAAGACUAAAGAGGCCGUGCGGACGGCUGUGGACAGGACAAGAGAGGCCGUGGGGACGGCUGUAGAGGCAGUACAGGGCGCAGGGGACAUGUACAGCGCUUACAGGGACAUGCGCGAGUCGAACUGGAGGAACGCCGACAAGUACUUCCACGCCCGGGGGAACUACGACGCCGCUCAGCGGGGGCCGGGCGGCAGGUGGGCCGCCGAGGUCAUCAGCAACGCCAGAGAGGGAUACCAGAGCGGCCUGAGCGGCCAGGGGGAGGCGGACACCCGUGCCGACCAGGAAGCGAACGAGUGGGGGCGGAACGGCGGAGAUCCCAACCGCUACCGCCCGGAGGGACUACCCGACCGGUACUGAUUCUGCCUG